AUGCCAGAAAUACUGGAGACUGACCAAGAAGCACUAGAGGCCCCCAUCACGCCGGAAGAACUAGCACACGUCAUUAAGAAGGCAAAAACGGGCAGAGCACAGGGUCCAGACGGGCUGCCCCUUCAAAACUACAAGGUGUUCGCACAAGACGUCAAACCAAAACUACUGAAAGCCCUGAAUUCCAUUCAAGAGGGAGCCACACCAACCGCCCAGUUCACCUCAGCGAACAUCACUCUGCUUCUAAAGGAGGCUAAAGAACCAACACUGUGCCCAAGCUACCGCUCGAUAUCGGUGCUGAACACUGACAUCAAGCUCCUGGCCAGCGCUCUGGCGUUAUGA